AAAACCUACUGUGUUAUAAUGCAGAAACCUCCCUGCACCACUCAGUGUUGGAUAUUUUCAAGACAGAGUUAUUUCUUCACAGCCAUCAAUCACACAGUAAAUAAAUAAAUCAGUCCGUCAGCUGAUCUAUCAGUAGUGUUUAAAUAUAUCCAGCGUAUACACCUACAUUUCCAGCCCUGCUCGCUCAGUGACAGCUACUGAGGCUGAAUGCAUCCACUGUGCAUCUCAGACAUAUCAAAUGACAGCAGCAUGUCUGAAGGCAUGAUUUAAGCUGAUUGGCUGACAUUCGUGAGCAGCUUGUAGUAGAGACCGUAUUGAAACGUGUUAAUCCUGCAAAGUUAAAAGCGGCCCCUAUUUUUAGCCACUGUUGUUAUCACACAUCAGCGGGUCUGUAUUAAAUCCUCCGCCUUCACAGAAACACACGUUUACACUGCGCUUUGCCUGGAUCACACUUGUCUCUCACCAGCUCGGCUUUGCUGAACACACUUGGAGGGAUUGCUAUGGCAACUGGUUGCUAUGGGUGAUGUGACACCACUACAUGCUCAUCUUGGUGAGGGAAAGAGGGAGUUGAACCACAGAGGAGAGGAAUGGAAGCGGAGAGACGCCGAUUUUAUUUUGAUCGCUGAACAAAUCGACGAGCUGGGCUGAGGAAAAAAAGUUGUGACAAGCAUCUGUCUCUGGGCGGACAGUCGUGAUGGAAGCUGUCUCUCCCCGCUUAUUUCGGGUCUCCAUCACCCUCCCACUGAUGAAUCCUCUUCAGUAACAACAGAAUGGCUCUAAACAGAAACCUGUUGAUCUGGAAAAUGGCCGCGUGCCCCUGACCCGCUCCGACACACUGGAGAGGAUGGCGGAGCAUCUCCACAGCAGCACGCUGUCUGCGUCUGGGGCCACCCAGCCCAUCCCUUUCCUCACACUGGAGCAGAAGGCUGCCUUCGUCUUCGUCCUCCUCCUCUUCAUCUUUCUGGGGCUGCUGAUCGUGCGCUGCUUCCGAAUCCUGCUGGAUCCGUACAGCAGCAUGCCGAGUUCCACAUGGACAGACUAUAUGGAAAAAGACACCUUCGACUACCGCAUUGCCUGAGCUGCUAGUCCGAUUUUGGGCUAGGAGACAUGCGAUGAUUACCUCACACACACAACCACCACCACCACACCUCCUCCACCUCAGAGCCGACCGUAUCCCUCAAGUGUUGUUGUUCGUGCGGUGGUUUUGUGUACUUGUGGAUCUGGUUGUUCCAUUUGAAAACUGCACUUAGACACACUUUCAUGUCUCACGUGUUCUGACAGGGUCUCGCUUCCACCACUGAUGUCACGUUCAGCAUGGCUGAAAAGUCUUAGCGAUGAAUCUUUUGUGUUCGAAAACCAGCCGAAUAGCUUUAUUACGGACUAACAAUGUGGUUAAUUAUUUUCUACGUCCACAAAUUAACAGUUCGGAAAUUGGAAAAUUGAAAAAAAAAAUAAAGUAGGUUAAUCCAUUUCUCAAUGAGUCAUUCCACACUUAUCAUAAAAGCACAGUGCAUUUGUUUUGGGAUGAUUACAUCCUCUGAGCUCCUCAGAUUGGGACUCUUGAGCUUUGCGCCUUAUAAAUCUGUGUGUUUACAGAACGGCCUGAGAAAUUGGCCUUGCUGUUAUUCAGCUAAAUGUCAAUCAUUGUACUGACCUACCAGCCUCGGUGGGCAAACUGAAUGUUUGAUUUGCCAGGUCCUUUCCCUGCCUCUCUCUAUGGUGUUCUUAAUAGGAUGAGUCCGGUUUCCUCUCUGUUGUUCUUCAGUAUUUGCCGAUGUUGAAAUGGACUGUUCUAUCAAACGUUUGCCGUUCUGCCCGGGCUCUCAGCACAGUGCUUUCUUUUCCUUCUCAAAGUCUGGUUCACCUGUGAUUUGCUUGACUUACAGUACAUGUUUAGUAGAAAAGAAGCCAAAAUAAACAGGUGCGGUGUGUGUCUUGCGUACAGAGGAGGUCGAUAUUGCCAUUUAGGUGCAACUUAGCUAUUGCUUUCCGGUCUGUAAUGCAGAGGGUGUUAUUUGUCGACGACACCGAUCUGCUGUUCUCACGAUGCACAUUGUGUCUUAGCUGAGUGGCGUGUCCAGUAAAUUUGAGCCUUUAAAACGGAGAGAGAUGCUGGCGACUUUAUUCAAAGAGAAAACGUGCCAUGUAGUUUUCAAGUGGCUUUUGCAUUUUAAUGUGCUUUUAUAUUUGUUUCCAAAUA